UAGAUAUAACUUCAAAUGCAACAAUUCAAAAGAUAAGCCAUAAAUAAUAGGUACACCUAAACUUAACUGGAGUGCAUUCAAUGAACUCUGUGCUUUAAAACAGCCCAAUAUCAUGACGUCAUUACGUUAUCAAUUACAAUACUUAAAUAGUUGAAUUUAACAAAUGAGCCGAGGCCUAUUGACAGCUCUGAACUAUCUAUUAAUAUCAUAUCAGGUCUGUGAGAUAUGCAGCUUGUUCGACUUAUAAAAGUAAGGCAAGUGCCCGCCAAUGCCAACAGUAGAGUUAACUUCGUCCAGACAAAAACAUCAGCAAGACAACAACCAUUUCGAGUACAAAUAAUGUCUGUGCCGCCAGCCACACUUGUGAUUAUUGGAGCGAGUGCAAACAAUGCACAAAGAAGACGACAACAGAAACAACAACCACAACAUAGCAAGUCCAGUGCUCAGCAGCCAGAAGGUAAAGUUCGAGAGCAGUUACCCCAACAACAACAGCAACAACAACAACAACAGCAACAAGCACAGCCAAAUGCCAAGUCAAAUAGUUGCCAAAUAAGUUAAAAGCAAAAAAAACCCAAACAUUUGGCAGCUAUCUUAUCGGUUAUCUAGCGACUAUUUGUAAGGAUUUGUGGCAUGAAAAUACAUUUGCUAUGACAUAAACAUUAGACUAUAAAUUGACGGGGUGGGGACUGUAAAAUUUUAGUUAGACGACACAGCGAAAACGCAGCGGAACGCGAGCGAAAAAUUAAAUAAAUAAAAAUGGAAAGCAGAACAACAACAACAAUUGAAGAAAUUAGCACGGAAAUAAAUGGCGCCAUAGUAAUAGAAAGUUUCGAAAUAGCAACAGUUGAGACGACGCCAACGCCAGCGAAGCGCGUGCAUCACGAACAGCAUCAUCACAAACAUCAUCAUCAUCAUCACCACCAUCAACAUCAUGAUCAAGGGCAAGGGGCAACGACAUUAACCAUAACCGAUGUUAGCGAUGGCUUGGAUAUUACGGAGACUGAGCAGCCAGAGACUGAACAGCACCACCAUCAUCAUAAAGACAAACAAGCCGAGCCUCAGUUGUCCUUGCCACCACCACUGCCCAAGUCCUCGCCACCCUAUCUAACGCCCAGCGAUGAACAGGAGCAGUUUGUGUGGAUUACUGAUUUGGAUCCGUCGCCACAGCAGCCAGCAUCAUUAACUGUAGAGCCAAAGCCGCUGGCAAUGCAGACACCACCCACGCCCAGCAGCUCAACCGGCUGUCAACCUCUCCAGACAGCAGCAGCAGCAGCAGCAGACACUGCAGUGACAGCAGCAGCAGCAGCUACUGUAAAUCAAACAGCGUUCAGCAGUGAGACUCAACUGCCGCAGCCUGCACCUGCACCUGCACCACCACCAACUGCAACCACCGAGCAGGCUGUGUGGCUAACGGAUUUGGAUGCGCCACCACAACAGACAGCGUCCUUGGUCACAGUUAAGGAGUUGCCACAACAAGCGCCAGCCGCCAACAACAGCUCUGAGUGGGUGGUGCAGUCGCUGACCGUGGCAGCAACUCCGACAGCAGCAGCAACAGCUCCAUCAGUACGCCAAACGGAGCUCAGCAUUGAGACUCAACCGAUAAAGGCCGCGCCCUUGGCAGAACCUAUGGUGCUCGUUGGCGAGGUAACUGCCGACACCAUCGAUACACGCAGAAAAUCCUACAGAGUCAGCAUGGAUUUGACUGCACCACCACUGCAGGAGCCGAAGAAACGAUGCUGUUGCCGGAUUUCCUAAGAAAAUAAACUUCUUUUUAAACUGAGCUUUUAAUAGAGCUUUACUUUAAUUAGAACUUUAAGUAACACUUAAGGCUCAUCACUUUAUCCCUUAAAAAAAAGCUUUCGAAUGGAAAGUGCAAUGUGUUAAAACGAGAGCGGCAUAGUGUGUGCUUUAAAGCUUUUUAAGUUCUAGGCAAUUUCAAUACUUCGCUUAUAUUGCACUAGAGCUUAAGCUGCAUAAUUAAAGCUGUCUAAAUUAAAGCUAUUAGCUGUCUGUAAAUACCAUAUGGCCUGCUUGAAGCUGUAAAACAUUGGAAGAGAUGAAGCACAUAAAUA